AUGAAGUCGUUCGCACUCAUCCUCUCUGCCCUCGUCUCGCUGCUUGCGCUGCUGCCUUCCUCGACCGAGGCGGCGCAGCGCGGUCUCGCCUGGGGCACCAACGACAACUGGGGUCCCUCGGUCGCCAAGGGCCUCAUCUCGUGGUACUGGCACUGGCAGGACGGUCCCAACUCCAAGUUCAACGGCAAACUCGAGUUUGUCCCCUGCUACUGGGGUCCCAAGUACAACUCGCAGUGGGCCGCACGCAAGGCCGAGAUGAACAACAACGUUCCCAAGGCUCUUUUGGCCUUUAACGAGCCCGACAUCAGUGGACAGUCCAACCUGGACCCGACCACGGCGGCUAACCUGUGGAUGCAGGAGAUCCAGCCUUGGAAGAAGCGCGGAGUCCGUCUGGGAAGCCCUCAGAUCGUCUGGAACCAGGACUGGUUGAGCAAGUUUAUGAGCACUUGCAAGAGCAAAGGCUGCACUGUUGACUUCAUCGCAAUCCACUGGUACGGUUCCUGGUCGGACCUGGCAGGGCUCAAGAAGUACGUCACCUCGGUGCACAACAAGUUCAACCUGCCCAUCUGGAUCACCGAGUACGGCGUCACCUCGUCCUCUGGUGGAUCGCAGCAGCAAGUCAAGCAGUUCCACAUGGAAGCUACCCAGUGGCUCAACUCGCAGUCGUACGUCGAGCGCACCUCGAACUUUGGCAGCUUCUCCGUCAGCAGCCCUCCGGACAACUACGGCUCGCGCCUCAACGCUCUCUUCAACGGCGAUGGUAGUCUGCGUGACCUGGCGUACUGGUACCUCUGGAGCUCGAACCCGUCCAAGAGGAGCGUCAGAUUCGAGACGACUGCUGAGGACGACUUUGAACCUACGAAGGAGGAGGUCCCUGUUGAGGAGAAGCCUGCUAGCUUCGCCCAUUAA